AUGAAGAAGUCUACCCGUUCACCUCUGUUCCAUGAGCCAUCGUUUUCAUUCUCAUGGCUUCCAGAGGAAAUCCUUCUGAAUUGUUUAGCCCGCGUCUCGAGAUCUCAGUACCGUUCCAUCAGCUCACUCUCCAAGACCUUUUACUAUGUCCUCUCUUCACCGGCGAUUUACGCAGCUCGAUCUCAAAUCGGAACCACAGAGCCUCGCCUCUAUAUAUGUUGUGAAAGUUUAAGUACGGCCACCACGACGCGUAGUCAUGGCUGGUACAAUCUCAUGAGUCUCAGAAACUGCGACGAGAGAAUCGAACAAGGCAGAGAUGCCUUUAUCAGCGAAGACGGGAGGGAAAUUAAAAUAAAGAGUGAGUUGAUGAGGUUAGUACCUGUUAAAAACUCUUCUUUUCAUUUAUGUGCUCGAUUAAAAGAAGCCAAUUUAGCCGUUGGUUCCGAGAUCUACCAAAUUGGCGGAAUCAACAAGAAAGGCAGGCGGUCUAGAUCCGUUUGUGUGCUUGAUUGUCGGAGCCACACGCAACGUCGUGCUCCUAAGAUGAGAGUGGCAAGAGAAAGCGCCAAAGCUUGUGUUUUAGAUGGGAAUAUAUAUGUAAUGGGAGGAUGCAGUGAGAACAAAGAGUGUUGGGGUGAAGUUUUCGACUUAAAGACUCAGACAUGGGACGAGGAGCUGCCACUUCCUAGCCCUAGUGGUGAAGAUGUAUUUGAUUGUAUAUUUGAAGUCUUAGUCCUUGGAGCAAAGAUAUACGUUAUCACCGAGCAUAACAAGUAUGCUUAUGAUCCUAAAGAAGGAACAUGGCUGCUGCUAGACACGGGUUUUGCGGGUCUAAAAUCCAUACUAGAACUAGGUAUUGUUUGGUGCGUUGUAGAUAAUAUAGUGUUUAAGGAGUUUAGCGAUGAUUUGUUCUGGUAUGACUUGAGCUGUGGAAAGUGGUUAGUGGUUGAGGGUUUGGAAGAUCUGUUGUGGGAUGCUAAGGUUAAUUGUCGUUACCGUAUGAUUCAGUUAGUUAACUAUGGUGGGAAACUAGUUAUUGUAUGGGUAGUGUUGCCUGACGUUAUAUACAGGAGGAGUAAGCCGCCUGUUAUUCCAGAAGAGAGGACUUGGUUUGCUGUGAUUAGGUUGGAGAAGCAUCUUACUUCUUCUGGACUUGCUAUUUCGGGAGAGAUUGAACAGUUGAACUAUCUGGUUCACGGGUCUUAUAAUCCCUUGACCUGUCUAUCAGUCUCGCUUUGA